AUGCUCAUAUCAGAGGAUGAUUAUCGUACCUUCGUAUUAUUAUCACUUCCAAUAAAAGGAGGCCACCAUGUGAAUGCGGCCGUCUUGGGCAUUGGAUCGGGGGCCGCCGUGGUGCGCCGGCUGGAGACCGGCACUUUGAGUCACAAACCGAUGUUUCACGCUGAUUCCAACGGUUCAGCGCACAUGCGACACAUGGGAAGGAAGUUGAAGAGUGGACUGAGAACGACAUCUCUUCUGCUUAUGGACGAAUUGAUGCCGCACACGUGGAGCGGGGCGGAAGCAGAAACUCCCAUUCUCCGGCCUAAACUCUGGGGCAAACCGCCGAGUUUCGAAACUAUAAAACCGCGAGCGGACGAAGGGGUGCUUCCUAGGCACGCAAACGCGCACCACCUUCUGUCAUUACCAAUGGCCAUGUAUCCCACUCGCGAGCUCGCCCAAAGUCCGCUCUUUCGCAUCCGGACGGAGAUGCUUCCUAAGGAAGAGCAAAUCUCCCUCUCGUACGCUCGCGCAAAGGCGAUCGUGAAGUCCUAUGGCUGCACCGCCAAAGACAUCACGGAGCUGUCGCCCAAGUUCUGGAAGCUGCAUUUGGACCCCAUUUGGAGCGUCGACGGCGCAGCCGGCACCCUCUGCACCAUCCAACUCAACUUGUGUGCGGGCACUCUCUGUCGUUUUGCUUCGAAGUCUGCACCAUGGGUCCAGGAGACCCUCCAGAAGGUCCUCUCCUUCGAAUACUGCGGGCAAUACUGCGUGACGGAGGUUGGCCACGGUCUUGAUGCAUUCCACAUGGAGACGACAGCCACCCUUCUCGACAACGGGGAGUUUGAGUUGCAUACUCCCUCUGAAGCCGGAGCCAAAUUUAUGCCUCCAACGGCGCCAAUGGGUGAUCCAACCAUCGCCGUUGUUUUCGCGAAGACGAUGGUCAAUGGGGAGAGCCAUGGUAUCAAGCCGUUCCUCGUACCCAUCAACGAUGGAGUCCACAUGCACAAGGGCGUCACUUGCAAAGUGCUCCCCCACCGCGGAGGCUCCCGUCACAUCAACCAUAGUCUUACUUCCUUCAACAAAGUCCGGCUUCCCUACACCUCCCUUCUCUGCGAGAUCGACAAGCCGCAGGACCCGCGGACCGCAUUCUUCAAGGCGCUCUCUUCCGUCGCCAUCGGAACCAUGGCCAUAGGCUCUCUCGGCGUACCCGCCCUCCAAGUUGCGUCGUACAUCGCUGCUCGAUACAGUCUCCGCCGCAAGGUCAUCGACACCUUCACCGGCAAGGCCUCGCCGAUCAUCAACUUCCGCACGCAGAAGACACCUGUGCUCACCGCACUUGCGCAGUCGUUCGUCAUGCAGGCGUUCCAGGAGGCCACCGCAAAGGUGUUCACGCACACAAAGGAUAUCCGCGUCUGCCAUGCGGUCGGCGCAAUCAUGAAGAUUGUGAUGAUGCAGCACGGCCAGGCAGCGAACCUCGGUCUAAGCGACCGGUGUGGUGCGCAAGGGUUGUUCUCAGUGAACCAGCUGACGACCACCUUCUGCGACAUGCGAGGGACCGCUAUCGCCGAAGGGGAUACCUUGGCCCUGUCUAUCAAACUCGCAUCUGAGCUGCUUUUGGGUCGGUACUCCCUCCCUCCGUCCUCCGAUCCCACCAGCCUCCUCGCGCAGCACGAGCAAGGGCUCCUGGAGGAGUACCGCGGCCUGCUCAAGACGAUCGGGCACCACCGCUCCGCCGACUUUGACCGCCUCAUCCUCCCCGAGUGCCUCGCGCUCGUGCAGGCCAUCGGGCAUCGCAUGGCGUACGAUGCGGCCGUCGCCAAGGGUGUGGAAAAAUAUAUCCUCGACCUGUACGUCGCGAGCUGCCUCAAGCUCGACCCGUCGUGGUACGUGGAGAAGUUGUCCAUACCCCGCUCUCAGAUCCGGGAGAUGGAGGCGCUCGCCGUCGACGCGGUGUUCCCUCACCUGGAGGAUCUCCUUGGCCGGCUCGGGGUGGAGCCCUAUAUCACCGCGCCCAUUGUCUCCGACGAGAAUUGGGCGGAAUUCGUGAAAAGUAUCCCCCCGCUCGUCGCUCCGGAGGAGAAGGUCGCCGAACCCGUUCCUGUUUCUGAAGCACCACCUGCAAAGCCUUUCAUUUCCAUCAAAUUCAAACAGGCGAUGGAGGUCCUCGUUUACGUCGGCCUGCCUGUCUUCAUGUUCGCUACCAUUUCGUUCGUUUAA